GUUCGCCGUCAAAUGUCCUCGGCUUGAAAACAGAGGCAGGCACGUCACAAGUGCUUGGCAAAAACAACCUCCUCCAUACAUUUGGUCAAAUCUGUCCCAUACAUAUCAACGGCUAAAAUAAAGAACAGCAUCAUGGCUGCACCUAAUUAUUCCCUGAAGACCAACAGAGAGCUGUUGGACCCCAACUUUGAGAGCUACCGGCUGUCUCUGGACGCCAUACCGACGUACAACGUAGAGCUGGACGCUGCUGUGGAGGAGGUGAAGUUGAAGGAUUGUCAGUACACGCUGGAGCACAUGCGUGCCUUUGGCAUGUACAAUUACCUCCACUUGGACCCCUGGUACGAAGAUAGCGUUGUGUUUGUGGACUGCAAAGGCCGAGUUCUCAGCCUCACCGUCACUUUGGACACGGCGCUAGGCAAGCCAAAAGAGGUCUUCUGCUUAGAGACUGAUGCCGCCGCACACGAGGAGCGCCUCUGCGCCUCCCUCAGCUUCACCUCGGCUACUUGGGCCGCCCUCUCCGACGGGACCGGCAGACUGUACCUCCUUCGCACGAGCCAACGGGGGCAGAGCACCCACUGCAAAUGGGAGCCUCUGUUCAGCGAGGACUUGGGGGAGCCCUUCAUCGUCCUCCAUAGCACGGCACACGUUCAGGCGGGCAUCCACACCAUGGAGGUCCUGCUGCUCAGCAUCCUCAAGGACACCCAGGAAACCACUGGAAGUGGCUACUCUGUGUCACUCGAGUGGAUCACCGUCGCCAACACGGCAGGGCCGGGUCUGGAGAAGAAUUACAAAGUGACGAAGAGGCGCGUCUUGAGGGGGAAGUCGGUGCCUCAUUACGCUGCGGUGACGCCACGUGGCGAUGGCCUGAUGGUGGCCUCAGAGAAGCCGUUUGUCUUCACGCACGUCGACAGCCGUCCCGUCAAGCAGCCCGCCACGGAGGCCAUGGAGGUGGAGGAGACGACAGACCCCUUCUACUACUGGCAGCAGACGGCGGAGGACAUCACGGCCAGCGUGCGCAUGCCCGAGGGCAUCAACAAAGAAGCCGUGCACUUCCGGCUGAUGGCGGACAACAUUAGCGUUGGUGUGCAGGGCUUGGCUCCCUUGCUGGAAGGCCAGCUGUACGCCUCGGUGGACCCGGAGGCCAGCACAUGGAUCUUCAAGGAAGACAAGAGCCUGGAAGUGACCCUUCAGAAGCAUACUGAGGGGCCCAUGUGGCCUGAACUGGUUAUCGGCGACCGCAGGGGGGAGCACGUGAUGAAUGAUGAGCAGGCCGCCCUCAUCCAUGAGAGGCUGACCCACCUGACCUCCGAAGACCUGCACAGCGCCAAACCUGACAGGGACGAGCCAGCCUGCAACCCCCAGGAGCUGGAGGACUGCGACGGCUUCCCAGAAGACACCUCCAGCCUCACACACUUUGAUGGCGAGUCGCUCAAGCCCACUCAGGUGGUGAAUCUGGGCAGCCAUCAGUACCUCUUCACCGUGGAGGUCCACCCCGCCCAGAUGCCGUGUCUCUGCCUGCGGCACGACGUGGACGCCCUGCUGUGGCAGCCCCGGCCCGACCAGCCCGCCGACAUGUGGGAACACGUCGCCACCUUCAACGCCCUGGGCUAUGUGCAGGCCUCCAAGCGGGACAAGAAGUUUGCCACGUGUGCCCCCAACUUCUCCUACGCCUCACUGUGCGAGUGCCUACGCCGUGCUUUCAUCUACCGGCAGCCGUCCCCGGUGGACGGCGUCCUCUUCAACCGGAAGCAGGGGCGGCAGGUAGGGCAGGUUGCCAAGCAACAGGUGGCCAGCCUGGACUCUGACAAAAGCAUCCUGGGCUUCAGGGCCUCCAACGAGAGGCUCUACGUCCUGACUGCUGCUCACCUCUUUGUGCUGAAGGUUAAUAAUCAUUAGAUGGGAAGAUGAGCAUCCCAAAAAUACUCAAAGUGUAGCCUUUGACAUAUUGGACAAAUAAAUGCAUUAUUCAUGACAUAUAUCACACAAAUGUGUUGUCAUCUAUAACUCAAAGCCGAGAGCGUUUGUUCAGAUAGCUUAGCAUACGUUGGAUUGUUUAGGCCACCUCUGCCUUCUGCCCACGGACCUCCAUGUCCUCCAUGUCCUCCAUGUCCUCCAUGUCCUUCAUGUCAAAUGUCUGCUUGCAUUAGCUGAAUACACAAAACGCUGAGUUCCAAUAACGACAUCACAUCUUUAAGUGAAUGAAAUCCACGCGCUAACGUUCAUCUAAAGUGGCGACUCGUCAAUGCAGGCUUGUCGUUCCACCGUUAUUCCACAUAUUCAUCAUUCAUCAUCAUUCUUCAUUUAAAUUUUGAUGGGCAUGCAACCUGUGCUGUGAACCUCGGGCCCGUGUCUGCUGUGCCACGCCGCCGAGCCAUGCCGUGCAUACAUUACAGGAGGAAUUUAGCAAAAAAGCUAACAUGCUAAAUAUUAGCACACUAGCAUCUAGCGAAAUGGCACUCUAUAGCAAAAGCGUCAACGUGGUCCUACAAUAUCCCUGCAUCAUCCUUUAAACAGGAUACAGCUAAAAUGUUAGCAUGCUAACAGUUCACAUGGUAGCAUCUAGCAAGAAAGCACCAAGUCCCAAAAGUGUUGAGGCAGUCCCAUACUGCCCCUACAUCAUGCCAUGUGUGUAUUUGCCUUUGGACAUGAGUAAAUUAGCUUAAAUGCUAAUAUGCUAACGGUUAUCAUGCUAGUACCUAGCAACAGAGCAUCAAGUAUCCAAAAUGCCAAGGCUGUCCGAUAACCUCCCUGCAUAAUGCCAUGUGUGUAUUUGCCUUUGGACAUGAGUAAAUUAGCUUAAAUGCUAACAUGCUAACGGUUAUCGUGCUAGCACCUAAGAACAGAGCCUCAAGUACCCAAAGUGCCAAGGCUUUCCUAUAACCUCCCUGCAUAAUGCCAUGUGUGUAUUUGCCUUUGGACAUGAGUAAAUUAGCUUAAAUGCUAACAUGGUAACGGUUAUCAUACUAGCACUUAGCAACAGAGCCUCAAGCAUCCAAAGUGCCAAGGCUUUCCUUUAACCUCCCUGCAUAAUGCCAUGUGUGUAUUUGCCUUUUUGACAUGAGUACAUUAGCUUAAAUGCUAAUAUGCUAAUGGUUAUCAUGCUAGCACCUAGCAACAGAGCCUCAAGUACCCAAAGUGCCAAGGCUUUCUUAUAACCUCCCUGCAUAAUGCCAUGUGUGUAUUUGCCUUUGGACAUGAGUAAAUUAGCUUAAAUGCUAAUAUGCUAACGGUUAUCAUGCUAGCACCUAGCAACAGAGCCUGAAGUACCCAAAGUGCCAAAGCUGUCCUAUAACCUCCCUGCAUAAUGCCAUGUGUGUAUUUGCCUUUGGACAUGAGUAAAUUAGCUUAAAUGCUAACAUGCUAAAGGUUAUCAUGCUAGCACCUAGCAACAGAGCCUCAAGCAUCCAAAGUGCCAAGGCUUUCCUAUAACCUCCCUGCAUAAUGCCAUGUGUGUAUUUGCCUUUGGACAUGAGUAAAUUAGCUUAAAUGCUAACAUGCUAACGGUUAUCGUGCUAGCACCUAAGAACAGAGCCUGAAGUACCCAAAGUGCCAAGGCUUUCCUAUAACCUCCCUGCAUAAUGCCAUGUGUGUAUUUGCCUUUGGACAUGAGUAAAUUAGCUUAAAUGCUAACAUGGUAACGGUUAUCGUGCUAGCACUUAGCAACAGAGCCUCAAGCAUCCAAAGUGCCAAGGCUUUCCUUUAACCUCCCUGCAUAAUGCCAUGUGUGUAUUUGCCUUUUUGACAUGAGUACAUUAGCUUAAAUGCUAAUAUGCUAAUGGUUAUCAUGCUAGCACCUAGCAACAGAGCCUCAAGUACCCAAAGUGCCAAGGUUGUCCUAUAACCUCCCUGCAUAAUGCCAUGUGUGUAUUUGCCUUUGGACAUGAGUAAAUUAGCUUAAAUGCUAACAUGGUAACGGUUAUCAUGCUAGCACUUAGCAACAGAGCCUCAAGCAUUCAAAGUGCCAAGGCUUUCCUUUAACCUCCCUGCAUAAUGCCAUGUGUGUAUUUGCCUUUUUGACAUGAGUACAUUAGCUUAAAUGCUAAUAUGCUAAUGGUUAUCAUGCUAGCACCUAGCAACAGAGCCUCAAGUACCCAAAGUGCCAAGGCUUUCUUAUAACCUCCCUGCAUAAUGCCAUGUGUGUAUUUGCCUUUGGACAUGAGUAAAUUAGCUUAAAUGCUAACAUGCUAACGGUUAUCAUGUUAGCACCUAGCAACAGAGCCUGAAGUACCCAAAAUGCCAAGGCUGUCCUAUAAGCUCCCUGCAUAAUGCCAUGUGUGUAUUUGCCUUUGGACAUGAGUACAUUAGCUUAAAUGCUAACAUGCUAACGGUUAUCAUGCUAGCACCUAGCAACAGAGCCUGAAGUACCCAAAGUGCCAAAGCUGUCCUAUAACCUCCCUGCAUAAUGCCAUGUGUGUAUUUGCCUUUGGACAUGAGUAAAUUAGCUUAAAUGCUAACAUGCUAACGGUUAUCAUGCUAUGUUAUCAGAAAAUCCAAAAUGUUUUUGUUUAUUUGUGUCAUCUGAAAAUAAGAUAAUGCUUUUCAAUAGUAAAUGCCAUUUAUGAACAUUGAGCAAACCAGUUAGGAGCUUUUAAAUAAGGUUUUUCCACAUUAUUAAAGCCCUCU